AGAGCUUCCAUUAAGCUACAGGGGGAUAUGGCGACAUUAGAUGCAAAAUUAGCCUCUCAAGAUAGCUCCCCACUCCCAGGGCAUCAUCAAAUGAUUGUGUCCAAACAUGACGAGCAAUUCUCUGUUACUUUCCCUGACGGAACCAUCCUCGGUGACGCAAAUGCCCAACUAGAACGGGCACUAUCAGGAAUAUACGAGCAACAGUAUCAAGUGGAGUUAGAAGCCUUUGCUCCAAUACGGCCCAUUCGAGACACCAUAAGCAGGGCAAAUAAAGGAAAGGAGGCGGUCGUUCGAAUCCAUAUCAACGUUUAUGGUCCUCGAACCAUGGCUCCUGGGGUAGGACAGGAACUCUCGACUAACAAAGUCUAUUUGCAGAAGCCAGACCACGUUCGAUUUGGUUUGGCUUACGAGAAUCCUCAUAUUCUCAGGAUACACAACUUCCAACCUCCUGCAUAUGAGCAACCGAUCGAGGUGAGAGAAGAAGGUCAGGCUCAAACUGAGAUACAAAAAGCAGAAGAUUUCAAACACACCAUCGCCACGAUAUAUUCAUCCCUGGAGCGUGAAGACUCUCUUUCAGGCUCAGAAGGCGAUGGCCGCUUGAAGACAGAACUACUGCCUCAUCAGAAGAAAGCCCUCACUUUCAUGAUCCAACGCGAGUCCGGACCAAUCCCCGAGAAAUUCCGCCUGUGGCGACUGAGCGAGGCGGAAGGCAGGCCCUGUUUUCGGCAUGUGAUAACUAAUUAUACAUCACAGCUUAAUCACGAUGAAACUGGUGGUGGUAUUCUCGCAGACGAAAUGGGGAUGGGAAAAACAUUGAGUAUUCUCGCACUCAUCUUACGAACUCUCGCAGAGGCGCUUGACUGGACAAAAGCAACACCCGAUCUAACGUUCGAAACUAACCGCGGACACACGGUGCGACGUCGAUCUAAAGCUACGCUGGUCAUCGCCUCAUCAGACUUAAUGAUCAACGAAUGGUUUCAAGAAAUGGACAAGCAUUUCGAUCCACGCGUAUGCGACGUGUUUACGAAAGUGAAAUAUCAUGGUAGCAACCGAAAGGUCAACUUUGACAAAACAUGUGAUGCCGACAUCAUAAUUACCACCUACCAUACGUUGCAAUCAGACUGUGCAAAGAAGGACAGCCCUUUGCAUGAUAUCGAGUGGUAUAGACUGGUUCUUGACGAAGCUCAUAUCGUACGGCGACAAUCUUCGGAACUAUAUCGCACGGUAUCAGGUAUCAAAGCUCGUUCGCGGUGGUGUCUUACAGGCACACCAAUACAAAAUCGGCUCGAGGAUAUUGGUUCCUUGUUCGCCUUCAUGAGAAUCGUCCCAUUCAAUACUCUAUCAGUCUUUCGCAAGUACAUUGCAUCGCCAUUUGAAGAAGGUGACACCCGACGUGACCAGGCGAUUAGAAGUUUUACAAAACUCUUAGAUUCAAUGUGUCUGCGAAGAUCAAAGGAUCUACUGAAGCUCCCGAAUGCUCAACAACGUCUCCAUAAGAUUGGUUUCUCACCAGCAGAACGUAUGCAAUACGAACAGACCAAGAGUAUGAUGUUGCGGGCUGCGAAGAAUCAAGUAGGCGGUCUAGAUCAGAGGAGUACGCUCGGAUUGUUCCAAGUACAACUGCAACUUCGAAUUCUAUGCAACCACGGUACCUACCAGCAGCCGUUUUCAUGGAAUCGACGCAAGCUGCACCUUAUGGACGCAAGAGAGGAUAUAGAGGCUUCAAUGGGGGGAGAUGGAGAAGUGACUUGCUCAGCAUGCAAACAGACUAUGCCCAUAUUAGAGCCAGGCACCUCAUACCGACGAUACACUGAUGACUGCCGACACGUACUAUGCUCUGAGUGUUUGGAAGAAAGUAUGCCUGGUGCUCAAGAAGAUGAGCUUUCGAACUGUCCGUUAUGCGACACGCUGUGGAAAUACUCUUCUAGCAACCCGCAAUCACAUCAUGCUUCGAGAGACGAUAUGUACUUUCGGCCAGAGGGAAAAUCUUCGAAGAUGGAAGCUCUAAUGAGAGAUGUACAGAUGGAUGUGAAUACCACCAAAAGUAUCAUCUUCUCGUGCUGGACUCACACUCUGGAUCUCAUCUCUACGUACUUGAACCGCGCUCAAAUAACAUUCCGGCGCAUCGACGGAGAAUGCCCGACUGCCAAACGUGAAAGCAUUCUCGAUGAAUUUGCAUGCCAGCCUCACUUGCGCGUGCUUAUAAUGACGACUGGCACUGGCGCCGUAGGAUUGAACCUCGCAACAGCGAACCGCGUUUUCAUCGUCGAACCGCAAUGGAACCCGAGUGUCGAAAACCAGGCUAUAGCGCGCGCCCUCCGCCUGGGGCAGGAAAACGUGGUCCAGAUUAAUCGAUAUGUAGUCGAUGGAACAGUUGAGCAGGAUAUGCGCUCGCAACAGUAUAAGAAGCAGAAAAUGGCGGAUAUAGCUUGGGAAUGA